AUGACAAGCUCGGUUUCAAUAGAAUCGACAAGCCCUCAUGCAUCGUACCAUUCCUUCUCCGACGAUGAAGGUUCUUCUGGAGACCAAUCUGGUGUGCAUGUCGCAUCGGAAACAGGCAUUGAAAACGAAGAUUAUGAUCCUGCCUGGGCGGAUGUGCAGUAUCCAGAUGAGUUAAAGCCCAGUCGCAGUACAACAUCGGAAACAGGCAUUGAAUACGAAGACUAUGAGGAUCGCCGGGCGCGUGUGCAGUACCAUACAGAUGAGUUAAAGCCCAGUCGCAGUGCAACACGGGAGAGAGAAUAUACCCCAAGGCAGAGAAGACCUGUCCGAAGGCAGAGAGAUCCUCCCAUUACAAUCGACGACCACGAGAAUCCAGGUCCCGACAGCAGUGAUGAUGAAGUUGACUCGUCUGACGAGCUCUACACGCCCUCCGAAAGUACCGACCCAGAGUACAGCUUCUUGGAUCCUCCAGACAGAAGAGCAAGAAAUACAGCAAGUAGCAAUCCAAGGAUAAGGCGUCGAACAUUCUCAAAUAAUUCGCCUGACUACUAUCCAGACGUGCCUCUUCCUGGUCGGCCUUCAUGGGCGGGUCAAUCUCCAGAGCGUGUCAGAAAUAGUUAUGCUCCCCCUAAGAAUGUGGAAGACCCCUUGAGAAGCCUGUCUGUAACGGUAUCUCUUCGGUCUACCAACGGAGAACAGUGGACGGACGUGAACCAUCCAAUGGCCCGACCGUGGAUGCAAGCCAGAAGCGCGCUAGCUCGUGGCUCGAAGACGGAGUAUUUAGUGAUCCGUGCAGCGGAUCAUUAUGCCGAGGAUGUUGACGAUAGCAUGAUUACUCUGGAUCUGGUCCUUCACUGUCCACACGUUGACUCCAGCUUGAAAUCAGUUGCGCUUGCGCUGCUCCGCGAUCGUCGGCAUCCCCCUGGUCUUUCUUCGGUGGAGGGAGCACCUCGGGAGUAUAUCAAUCGUUAUGAUUACAGAGACAACCAUGGAGUAUGGAAUGGACAGUCUGUCACGUUUAUAAAUGUGCCGUUCUUCACGAUGAAGAAGAGGUCUCAGCUUGUUCCGGGUCAGACAACAUCUAACGCUGCCGUGCCGAUCCGAUAUCACACCUAUAGGGACCAUGGGAUAAUUGAUUGGGACAUCUCCACCAGUAGCACACGGUCUUCUUUUAUUGGUGCUGAUUCAGGAGACGAACUUUGCGUGACAUACUUGUGGUGCCUGCUACUUGGAUCGGACACAAUCGUAACAUGUGGGGAUAUCUCUAUCUCAGAUCUACUUGCAUCUAGUGUGACGAUUGAUAAGAAGUCCAAUGCGAGACAGCCUUGCGCCAUCAGAAUUGUUGAUCCCGAUUCUAGAUAUUUCUAUCUUGUCAUCGAGUUACCGCUACCAUACUUUGAAUUCAUGAAACACGCUUCAAACAUAGCCAGGCUACCAAACGAGAAAACAACCAACGCCAACUUCAAACUUCUCACAGAAGAUCACGAUUUGCUCACCCCUGAGCGAUGGGUAGAUCUGAUGGAGCGCGAAGACCUUGUAAGCCUUCAACUGCUAUUGAUUCGAAAUGGGGCAUACUCAGACGAGUCAGAUGACUCCGAUGAUGAGAUCAGAACGGUGAAAACGCAUCGGAGCAACCAGAGACUAUUCAAACGUGGAAACGAUAGCACAGGCAAGGUCGUGAAUGAUGUGCAGAAUGUUCUUCAUUCUAAGCAUUACAUUAUUGAUUCUGCUUCGGAAACUGAAGGUUCUGGCGCCGAAGUGGCAGAUCGGGCGCAACAAACAACGGCAGAGAAGCCUGUCGGAACAAACAGUUCAUUUAGUUCAAAACCUUCAAAGCCUAAGGCACCUAGCUUUACAAAAGCCGGGAGCAACCGAGAACGAGGCGUUCAUUUUGCUGAUGAUAUCCGAGUUUGCGAAAGCGAGGACACCAUUCCCGUCGAGAGCAUAGGUUCCCUCGACCCUCCACCAUCUGCUAGUGAGCCAUUGGUAACCCAUCCAUUCUUCACAUGGAAUGUGGUUUCAUACAGCACUACUCGUGCAAGUGAUGGUCAAUCGCAUGUCAAGGUGUACCAUCUCUUGAACCAAGUUGACAAAGCCAUGGGAAGGAAGCGACAGAGAAUCCAUAAAUACCUCUAUCGGCGCGGAUUCGAAUGUACACUGCAAGAGCUCGAGCGUCGGCAUCCUUAUCUGAUGAGUUCCCCAACCCAGCUACCCGAAACUGGGAAAGACAGACCUGACGGGACUGGGGGAUGCCCUGAUGGUGCUAAGGGUGAAAUAUUCCAUACCAUACUCGAGGGGAGCCACGAUAUGGAAGCCGCACGUCAUCGGAUUGCAUGGGAUGGCAUCGUAAGGGAUAAUCUUCGUCCGCUUUUGAGCUUGUCCAAAGCUAUUGCCCAAACCUUUGUUCCAGCCGACAUGGAAGUUGUACAUAGGUGUUGGAAGAAGCUUUGGGGUUCUCUGGAUCGAAUAUUGAGGUGUAUCGAGAUUCAUUAUAAGUUAUCCCAUGAAUCUGCGGAGUAUAUUGUCAAUAGCAAAAUGCUAAGCAGCUUUGCCGUCACUGAUGUGCUGGGGAAUACUGAGGAGGGAGCACUGAGUUGCGUCGAUUGUGAAGGAGGUACCCGCUACAAUAACCUUCAAAAGGCGCUAGAUCACCUACACGAGAAACAUAGUCAGUGUCGGAGCUGCGACAAGUCAAAACGUUUUUAUGAUGAUCCAUGUACCGUUUGGGUGAAAGUGACGAUGUUUGGAAAAAGAAGGAAGGUUCUAGACUCGCUGUCUGAUAGGUUGUCCAGACUGCGUGAGUUUGUUCAAUACCUUGAAAGUCUCCAGCGAUGUGUUAUGGAUCUUCAGUUCUCUGUCCAAUAUGCUGGCAAUAAUGGAAUUGAUCAGGACGUUACAAGCAGACUGCCUUUCCUACCGAGUAUUCUGGUCCGGGGAUUCGAGGAAUUCCUUCUCUCCAGCAUCUCAUUGGCACACUACCUUUCGAGAUCAGGCUUUUCUGGCCGUGUUUUGACCUUGAAACGUCACUUUCCUCGCCAUGAAAGUUCACAUAACCCUUCACAGUACUCAUCAUAUUCUCGAGCCAAUUCCAGCGCCCGCACAGGUUCUCGAUAUUCAAAUACCUAUGGUGAUUCCAAUGGUACACCUGGCUCUUUCAGCUAUAGCCUAAGCGAUGUCAUCGACACUCAAUCCUGUAGCAUGAGAGAAGCAACCUCUCGUCUGAAACAAGCUCGGCGGGACCUUGUCCUCCUCAGCACAACUACCAGCCAAACCGGCAGUGUCAAAUUGACAUCCAUUGGCCCUGAGUUCCUAAUGACUAUCAUACUUUCCAAUCUCAACACCCACGUUAACGGAAAAAAGACAAACCUCAUUCAGAUGUACAACCGCCGCAUGAUGAAGAUCGCCAAUAAAACAACCACAAACCCACAGCGCCGGCUAUUUCUCGAGCUUUAUGGCCUGGAAGACGACGUUUCUGCCAUCAGGAAUGUUAUGUGGCAACAGCGCACCGCGCUGGCCAACUACGACCGUGUGUUAGAUCCAAAUUCAUUCAGGGUCACGACCAAGGCACGUCGAACGCUGUAUGAAGUUGAGCAUGACUUUAUCGAGAAGGAGCAAACUCGACUGGACGUCCAAAUCAUGCAGUCUGGAAAUCUCCUCAGGGGUGUUGGGUACUAUCGCGAUCGUAUCAAGCAGCAUAUCGAAAUAAUGGAGGAAGGACACGGAAAAGCCAUUCGGGUUUUUACAUUCGUUACCGCAUUCUUCUUACCUCUGUCUUUCUGCACCAGUUUCAUGGGGAUGAACACGACGGAUAUUCGAGAUACCAACUUCGACCAAACGAUAUUCUGGGAAAUUGCUAUUCCAUUAACAAUUGUGAUUGUGACACUGGCGUUCUUGUACGGAUACAAGUGGGAUGAUAUCUACGAGUACGGCAUUGAGUGGCGGGAGGAGAGAAGUCGUAAAAGAGCACAGAAACGAGCAAGAAAAUUGGCAGAGAAAUACAAGGAGGGUGAUGAACAACCGAGGUGGCAGGUGCUAGGUGAAAAACUGAAAAUGGGACGGCGGCGAAUUCUAAGGCCGGGGAAGAAUUGGAAACAUGAUAGUGGUGCAUUUGCUUAG